CGACAGCAUAUCAAUGAUGCUCCUUCUACAGGAUCUUUUCCUAAUUGGAGAUCUAUACUAUCACCAACACGGCCUUCCACAGAAACUAAGACUUCCUCAAUAGCUGAUAUUUCUAUGGGGCAGACUUUGGAGAAUGCAGACUUGCUUCAGAUGAUAAAAACCACGCUGACUGGCACACGUACCAGGACUUUGGAUCAAAUGCAUCUGUUGCCCACUCUGUAUCAAGGCAGUGGAAACAGUGCAUCCCAGGAACCUGCUGAAGUUUCAGCUGAGUCGCCUCUGAGGUCAUCAUCUCAAGAUGCAGAUGAAACAGGUUUGCCUCAACUUGUGUUAUCUGGAAUAUCUUCUGGUGCAAUACCUACAGUAGGAACUUCAGAAGCAAAACCACUAACAAGAAAAUCAUCUCCAGCUUCACCAGUGCCAGCUUCUUCCUUCUUUUCUCUAGGCACUGAAAACACACCUUUGCCAUCUGUGAUGGCUUUAAGCACACCGACACUGACCCUAACAAAAAAUAACACUGCCACAAAAUUGACAUCGGACCUAAGCUCAGUAGGAACACGUGCAGAUUUUCCUUUUGCAACGAGAAACACAACUGCAUCACCUGUGGACGUGACAGCCCUGCUCAUAACCCCUAAAAGCAGCACGGUCACAGCCUCCACACCCGCACCCACAACCCAUGUACCAAGGCAGAUAGAAACCACAGUAACUGACACCCAGAAGUUCCCGAGCUCAGACAUCACCAAAACGUCAACCCCCUACCCACUGACAAUUACAGCAGCUUUGACAUCUAUUACAGCAUCAGCGAAAACAACUAGGCUUCCCCCUACUCCAGUGGAAAACUCCUCUGCUCCCUCUGAAACCACAGCAGCAGCGGCUUUCGCUAACAUGACAGCAGCUCCCCCCCUGGACUGCCGGCUCUCCGACAACCUUAUGGUUAAAACAGUUCUGUUUCUGAACACAAGGAGGAUGAUGAUCAGCAAUGCCUUCAGGGAGAUGGUGAGAAAAGGACUCAACCAAGUGCUGAGACAAGCGUUCAACCAAAACGUCAGUGCUCAGGUUGAAAUCCUGGAGCAAUCGAGUAACCUAACGGUUGGUUACUACGUUACACGGGGGAGGCUGGUUUUCAUCCCGGCUGCUGUCACCGAAAGGCUCCUGGCGUACGGCAUCAGCAACGCCACGGCAGACAUCAAGCAGCACGUGCCACAUCUCCAGGCCGUGGUGGCCCUGGCCUUGCCGUGGAAACCCCUUCCCGCGUACCACUUCCAGCUGAAAACAGAGCUGCAGUUUGUGGGUCAAACAGACAAUAUUCAGUCAUGCAAAUUUAUUCAGACCAUGGAACAGCGACUACAGAGGGCAUUUCAGGAUGCUGAAAGAAAGGUCCUGAACACCAGCAACAACUUAACAGUUCAGAUUUUGAACACUUCCAACGUCUCCCAAGCUGUCACUCUGUUUUACGUAGUGAACAAUCGAAGCACAACUCUAAAUGGCACUAUUUCCAGCAACCUUCUUAAUCAGCUGUCAGCUGAGCUGGUGGGGUUCUACCUCACCUACCCACCUCUCACCAUUGCUGAAUCUUUGGAGUAUCCAAACCUCGAUGUCUCGGAGUCAACUAGAGACUACUGGGUGAUAACAGUUAUUCAAGGGGUCGAUAUGGCCUUACUGGGGCUGAACAACCAGAGCUUUGCCCGGCUGAUGGAGCAGCGCUUGGCCCCGCUGUUCAUGAUGUCCCACCAGCAAGGGAGGCGAUUCAAACGUGCCACCACCGUGGGCAGCUACACUGUGCAGAUGGUAAAAAUUCAACGUAUCCCAGGCCCCAAGGAGCCGGCUGAACUGACCUAUUACACUUUAUACAAUGGGAAGCCUUUGCUGGGCACUGCAGCUGCCAAAAUUUUGAGCACCGUUGACUCCCAGCGCAUGGCCUUGACCCUGGGCUAUGUCAUCCAAGUCCAAGCUGAUCCCGUGGUGAAGAACCCCCCAAACAACCUGUGGAUCAUUGCAGCGGUGCUGGCUCCCAUUGCUGUGGUUACAGUCAUCAUCAUCAUCAUCACAGCAGUGCUGUGCAGGAAGAACAAGAACGACUUCAAGCCGGACACCAUGAUGAACCUGCCUCAGAGAGCGAAGCCAGUACAAGGCUUUGACUAUGCCAAGCAACACUUGGGUCAGCAGGGAGCAGAAGAUGAAGUUCUACCUGUAACUCAGGAGACUGUCAUACUUCCACUUCCAGUCAGAGAUGCUCCUGCCUCCCAGGAGAGAGAAAUUACCCAGGAUGGGAGCACCAUCAAAACUGCCAAAUCCAAUGAAACAAGGAAAAGCCGGUCCCCAAGUCAGAAUGGCUCCAUCAUCAGCAAUGGGUCGGGAAAGCCCAGCUCUGGACGGAGCUCCCUCCAGAAAGUGAUGGCACCUCAAAAAGGGACAAAAGACGAAGGAAGGAAAAGAAAUGUGCCCGUGAGCGAUGAAGAGGAAGGAGGCAUUCUCUUUGAUAACAUUGCCAAAUCCACCAUUGACCCCUUCGACACCUCUUCUGGAUCAGUACAGCUCAUAGCCAUCAAACCUGUGGCCCUGCCUGCUGUUCAUGCUGCAUCAGAGAGGAGCCAGGAAUCUGCCAUCAUUAAUGGAGAGGUGAACAAGGCUUUGAAGCAGAAGUCCGAUAUAGAACAUUACCGCAACAAGCUGCGCUUGAAAGCCAAGAGGAAGGGCUACUAUGACUUCCCGCAGGUUGAUAACAACAAGGGGCUGACAGACAGAAAAAGGAUGUACGAAAAAAACCAGAAAGAGCUUGACCACAUUUUGGAUCCUGAUGCAGAUGUCUCAUCUCCAUUUGCUGAGCCUAAGAACAGGCAGCCACUGAAGAACUCGGUGUACAGGAGCAGGCAGUCUCUGAACAGUCCUAGCCCAGGAGAAACUGAGAUGGAUCUUCUCGUGACCCGAGAAAGGCCUAGGCGUGGAAUCCGUAACAGUGGAUACGAUACCGAGCCCGAAAUUAUAGAAGAAACAAAUGUUGACCGUGUCAACGAGCCUCGGAAUUACAGCAGGUCCCGUCAGGCCAAAGGCCACUCGGAGACCUCGACUUUAAGUUCUCAGCCCUCCAUUGACGAGGUUCGGCAGCAGAUGCACAUGCUCUUGGAGGAGGCCUUCAGCCUGGCCUCUGCAGGCCACGGGGGCCAGAGCAGGCAGGACUCGUACGGCUCGGCUCCACACCUGCCCUACUCGGAGGUUGUGACCAGCGCGCCGGGCACCAUGACCCGGCCUAGAGCGGGGGUACAGUGGGUACCCACGUACAGACCAGAAAUGUAUCAGUACAGCUUACCAAGACCAGCUUAUAGAUUUUCUCAGCUUCCUGAGAUGGUAAUGGGUUCUCCUCCCCCUCCUGUCCCUCCCAGGACGGGUCCUGUGGCUGUUGCCUCUCUCAGGAGGUCUACAUCAGAUAUUGGCAGCAAAGUGAGAAUACCUGAGUCCAGUGGAGCAGAUCAGGCCCAACAUCAUGAUCAGACAGCUUUUGCACCUGGUUCGAGAGCUCCAAUGUCUGUUGGUCCACUUGAUCAAUCAGCUUUUCACUCAGGAAAUACGGUACCAGCAGUGUUUGCCAUACCAGCAGCAAACCGACCUGGCUUCACGGGCUAUUUCAUCCCGACACCACCCACCGCAUACAGGAACCAGGCCUGGAUGCCCUAUGCUGGAGAGAGUGAGCUGCCAGGCCAGUGGGCAGACUCUGUUCCACUUCCUGGGUACAUCGAGGCUUAUCCGAGGCCCCGCUACCAACACAACUCCCCGUCACGCCUCCCUCGGCAGUACAGCCAGCAGGCAGGCAUGCAUCCCAGCCUGGAACAGGCUCCUCUGCCAUCCACAGCAGCUUCCCAGCAGAGCCUGACGGAAAACGACCCCUCUGAUGCACCUCUCACCAACAUUUCCACGGCUGCCCUGGUAAAGGCAAUAAGAGAAGAAGUGGCCAAACUGGCCAAGAAGCAAACCGAUAUGUUUGAGUUCCAAGUCUAAUGUCUUUUGUGCACAGUAUUUGUACCUUGCAACCUGGGGUAGCCAAGGAAGUGACUGCUUUAAUUUUCAGUUACAAACUUGCUGCGAAUUGCGCCGAAGUGUGAUGGCAUUUUAAUCUGUCUGAAAAGUCAACGCUAUGAAAUGACUUAGAGUAGAGCAACAGGACUCUGAAGAUAUGUAAUCCUGCUUGCCAGCUGAGGAAACGCUGCCAGGAAACUGUUUCGUGUGGAUAAGAUUGACCAUAUGCAAUUGUUUGUCACUUAGCUCUAGUAUUAUGAGCCAUCAUCACCAGAGAUGCUGCUGAACAUGUCUGCUCCACACAAUGUUUCAUUUGCAGGCCCAAAGGCAGAGCUGCUGAAAAUAACUUCUGCAUGUCAAAGCUUUGAUUAAAGAAGAAAAUGCCACAGAACGUGGUUGGCUAAAGGCCACGGUCGGUGUGGUGGUGGCCAUGGUAAUUGUUUGCUGCAGGACAUUGUAUAAGGGAUGCUGAUCUCACCUGUGGGGAGUCAUUCAGCCUUUUCAUUCCAGAGACUGCAUUCAAAGCAAAAGAAUUCAAGAUGAGUAAGUAAUACAAAUAAAUGUCCUGUAAAUAGCUCCGAUUCUCUUCAUCUUAUUAACAGUACAAAGAAGUGAAACAAGAGAGGGCUGUGAAGAAGGUGAAUGAUAUUUUGAUAAUUGGUGGCUACCUUGUCCAUCAGUGCCACCACUUAGUUAUGGAGGAGACUUUUUUCAGUGUGAGAGAAUACAGUGCACAAAGGGCCAGCAAAGGAUAUUGGUGCUAAAAGCUUCCAAGAAGAAUGAAAAAAGGUUAUUCGCGUUUGCUCUAUAAUCAGACUUUUCACUCUGAAUGCAUGUGAAGCUGGUAAACCUGAGACCUUUAACUUUUUCCAACCUGGAAAAAAUGAAUACACCUGCUUGGACAAGAAAACCUCUGUUCAACACAGUUCUUUUUUUCUUUUUCUUAAACAAUGCUAUCUACUAAAGUGAUGCCAGAAAGUGCUACCCAAAGCUGCAGUUGAUGACACUGGAACAGUGAAUGGGCAUCUAGGAAGUUCUGAAUGUAGAGGACCUAAUUAUUAUAUUAACAUGUAAAUAAUUUAACAGUUACAUGGAUUAACAAAAAUACUAAUGUUCUGUGAAAAAGAGAGCAUUGCCAGAAAUUAUGCUGACUUUACAUUGUGCAAGAUAAAGGUCACUGAUCGUUAAACUGCAUUGUGGUAUGAAUCCAAUCCCAAAAGAAUAUCAAACCAGUUGAAUGGGACAGUAGUUAAUAUUUUGCAGUUGUACAAACUAGUUGGAGAUCAUGAAAAAUUGUUUUCAGUUCCUUCAGCAGUUUAGCUUUGGGAACUGAAGAUGUUGCAAAAUUUGUUGUGUUGGGCGUGUUUGAUGUCAACUGGAAUUAAAGGUAAUGUCCUUCAUUUCAGUAAGUUAUUUAGUUAUUCUCAAUUACUAUUUUGUCUGAUCAUUUCAUUUCCCUGAGUUUCUUUGGUCUUUACUGAUGUGAGGAAGGGAACUUAGUUUAGCUUUUUGACCACCAGUAAAUUGAAAGAAGGAGAGAGAAGACUAGAAAACAGGAUAGAAGCAGAAAUUUGAUAAAGCACAAACUUUUAAAGCAGAGCUAUUUUUCCCCUUAUAAUGAUAUUACAAACCCUUACUGAGACUGUGAUACAUAGUUAUCCUAGAAUAUACAGAUAUCUUCUGCUCCAAUACCUUAAAUAUUGCAGAAGCCUUUGGAAUGCUAGUUAAUCUUUCAAUAAAUGUGAAAUUUCAUUUUUAUUAUUUAAAAUCAGAUAUAAAUAAAAUGUAUUUUUGUAAUUUGUAUGUAUAUAUGUGCUGUAUAUUUUAAUAAGUGACUAGUCUGCUAUAGUCAGAAAAUUUCCAUAAACCGAGAAGAAAAAAAAAAAGAAAAAGAAAGGAAAAAAAAUUCUGGUAAUUUUAAUGAUUGAUUUAAACAUGCUAUGUCCGGAGUACAAAAAUAUACAUUUGGGUGACUUGGAUACUAAACAACCAAAGAAACUCAAUCUUUCAUAUCAAUACAAGUCUAGUAAAGACCAACUGCUGUCUCAGUUACCUGUCAACUAAGUAAUACUGAUCUCAUCAGUGUAACAGAAUACAGCCAAAUUGUGUUGAAUUAAUAGCUGCCUGAGAACAUCACACUUUAGAAUAGCAACUUCAAAAUACUGGGCCAGACUCAAUGUGCCAUAAAAGGGCUUGUUCUGGUUGUCUUCAGUGGGAGCUUCAUGCACUGAGAGCAAGGCUGAGUUUCUCUUUUGGGCUUCAUCUAUACAUAGGAAUUUCACUAGAACCCCUUGAGCAGGAUUCUGCUUAUUUUUCUGUCAUUUGGAUCACUGUAACAUAAGUGCAGACAUAAUGGAAGAGCAGCUCACUUUUAUUUAGCCUAAGCUGGUUCAUAACUGGCUUAACCUAACUUGGGAAGCGAAAUCCACUCCAAGUCACAUCAGCCACAUCUCGCAUCAGCUUUGUUAUCUCAGCUUUUCAACGAUUCUUCUAUUUAGCCCAGUGAAAUUUUGCAAGUAAAUAGGCCCUUCUAUGCAAUGGGAGUGAAAUGAGCUGUGAAAUAAAUUUCUGUGUCCUAGACUCCUGUUUUGCAGCAUUAUCCUAAAGCUGCAAGUCUGGAAGCUGCAGUGAUCACAUGGAUGGACGUGCUGAAGCCACAGAGCUGGGAAGGGUAAUGUUAUGAUGUAUUCCCCAAAAAAAAAGUCACAGGAGGUAGGACAUACCAAUUUUAAACACCAUCUUUGGGACACUUAGCUCGGUGUGUAAAUUGGUGUUCCCACUCUUAAAUUUUAGCGAGUUAAUAGUUCUAUUGAAAAAUAUGGGAGGGUAAAGUCUCACAUAUUUUACAUGAUGAGUCAUAUAUCUUGCCAUACUGGAAAUUAAAAAUUCUGGCAAUUACAGAGAUGGACAGGGUUUGAGUGCCUGUAGAAAACAGAAAAACCCCAAACAGCCUUCUAGAAAGAAAAACCAUUUCAGUAAAGUUAAACAAAGUACUCUUCUACUAAGGAAGACCAGUUAGACUUUUAAAGUUAAUUUUGUUUGGUAUUGUUAUCAAUGAUGUGCAGUCUAUUGAACAUUUUCUGAACCAUCACUCUGAAACCAUUGUGGUGCACUUUAUUCACAAAACCAUCUUACCUUCUUCAUUCAUAAUGCCUUUUUAUCCUGCUUGUAAUACGUUUCUGUAUUUUUUUUUUUAAGUACAAAGUAAGAUUAUAUCAAGACAGUAAGGACAUUCCUGGGAAAGAAAAAUCAUGCUGUAAUAUCUAUACUGUCUGAGCACAAAGCAAUGAUAAAGUGAAAAUAUAGUGUACAAAUAAUUUGUAAUAUAAUAAACAUUUUGUAUGGCUACAAUUACAA